AUGGUGGACUCACACAAUGACCGCGAUACAUCCAGUGCUGACACGUUCGCUCCGCAGCUUGAUGACACCAAGUCUGAUGUCGAGGAUUCUGCGCCGGUCCAGGAACCUGUGAAGACAGAGCAGGAUGGAGUGGUCCAUGUCGAUGAUGAUACUGCACUCGAGAAGAAGCCUUCUGGGGCGGUGCUGGACCGAACCCCUUCGCAGGCGGCGAAGAUGGGCAAGAAGAAGAUCAUCGUUGUCAUGAUCGCUCUCUGUCUGGCUUUGUUCCUGGCAGCUUUGGAUAUGACAAUCAUCUCAACUGCACUCCCCACUAUCGCCGCGAGCUUCGGUGCUUCCGAGAGUGGAUAUUCGUGGAUCGCCUCAUCCUAUCUCCUUGCAAAUGCGGCUUGUAUUCCUCUGUGGGGCAAAAUCAGUGACAUCUGGGGACGAAAAUACAUCAUCCUCAUGGCCAACGUCGCUUUCCUUGUUGGUAGUUUGAUCUGUGCUUUGGCCAGAAAUAUGGCCAUGAUCAUCUGCGGACGUGCCAUUCAAGGUAUCGGUGGUGGUGGAAUCAUCAUUCUCGCCAAUAUCAGUGUCUCGGAUUUGUUCAGUAUGAGAGACCGACCCAUGUACUACGGUCUAUUCGGCGCCACUUGGGCUAUUGCCGGUGCGCUGGGACCUAUCGUCGGUGGUGCCUUCACCACCGACGUGACCUGGAGAUGGUGCUUUUAUCUGAACUUGCCCAUUGGCGGUGUUUCGCUCGUCAUCUUGUUCUUCUUCUUGCAUAUUGAAUCCCCCAAGACGCCGUUCCUGGCCGGUCUGCGGAAUAUUGAUUGGGCUGGAACGUUCUUGAUCAUUGGUGGUACCCUCAUGUUUCUCUUCGGUCUUGAGUUCGGAGGUGUCGACUACCCCUGGGCCUCCGCGACCGUUAUCUGUCUCAUUAUCUUUGGUGUGGUCACCUGGGUUCUUGCCGGCUUUUCCGAGUGGAAAAUCGCCAAGUAUCCCAUCAUUCCUCUGCGCCUGUUCAACGAGUGGCACAACGUGCUCAUUCUUCUGGUCUGCUUCUGCCAAGGCUUCGUCUUCAUUGCCGGUACCUACUAUCUCCCGCUCUACUUCCAAACCGUCCUGCUGGCAAGCCCGAUUCUGAGCGGUGUCUACGUCCUGCCUUUGGUCCUGGCUCUCUCGAUCGUCUCCGCUGGUACAGGUGUUAUUAUGAAGAAGACUGGUCGCUACCGCGAGGUCAUCAUCGCAGGCAUGUUCUUCAUGACCCUCGGAUUCGGCCUGUUGAUCGAUCUCAAGUCAUACGCCUCCUGGCCCCGCAUCAUCAUUUACCAGCUUAUUGCGGGUACCGGUGUUGGCCCUAACUUCCAGGCGCCCCUGGUGGCAUUCCAAGCCAACAUCCGCCCUGCCGACAUGGCCACUGCAACAGCUACCUUCGGCUUCGUCCGUCAACUCUCCACCUCCAUGUCUGUCGUCCUUGGUACUGUCGUCUACCAGAACAUCAUGGGUCAACAAGCCAGCAAGCUUAUCGCCGCCAUCGGCGUCGAGCGCACCGCCAAGAUCUCGUCUUCGUUCGCCGGUACCACCAAGACUCUCGUAAAGAGCCUGGACCCCCACCAGAAACAGGUCGUUCUCGAUGCAUUCACUCUCGCCCUGAACCGCAUGUGGAUCUUCUAUACUUGUAUCGGUGGCGUUGGCUUUGUCCUGUCGUGCUUCAUCCGCCCCCGCGAGCUCAGCAAAACGCAUACGAUCCAGAAGACCGGUCUUGCCGAACAGGAGCGGGCUCGCCAAGAGUUAAUCGACUCGCAGCGCAAGCCCGAGGCCAAGCCCUAG